AUGAGCACGCGCGGUCGUCGUCACGACGGAGAAGACACAACAGAAGAGUGCAUCAUUCUUGCCUCCGCUUUAUCCUCCGAAAAUGUAUCCUCUUCGUCGUCUUCUUCUUUACUCGCGUUGAGUUUACCGCACUUCCAAAUUCUCCGACGCUUUAAAUCUUGCGCGGGAACGCACCAAAGUCCUCGUUCUUUGGACGUGUGCGGGACGCGAUUUCUGUUCCAAAUUGUACGGGAAAAGAACGCGUUAGACGUCUACGACUGUCCAGGAGGGAAAGGAGGAGUAAUAAGUGUUAAAGAUCAGAAGAUAAAACGGUUCUUGUUUAACGAAAAACCGACGAGCGUGUGCUCGAGCACAUGUGGCAGUUUGGUAGCGGUUGGAUUUGAAUCCGGCGAAGUGUCGAUGUAUGAACGAACGACGGGUAAGAUGCGUGGGAAAUUUACGGCACAUUUUAAACGCGUGGUGAAGAUGCAGUUUACGAGCGACGGGUCGAGUUUAAUCACGUGCUCGGAAGAUACGGCGGUGAGCGCGUGGAGCGUUUGCGAAGCGUUGAAGAACAACGAUACUUUGAAUAACAUUAAUGCGUCUUCGUCGUUUACGUCGUCUUCAUCGUUGGAACCGAUGAAGAGUUGGACCAGUCACCAGCUUCAAGUGACGGACGUGUGUUGUUCGAAAAGCGCGGGCGCCGGGGCGGAUUUAGUCGCGAGUUGUUCAAUCGAUCGAACCGCGAGAGUGUUUUCGAUGACGCACGGAACCGGGAGCGAGUGUUUAGCGACGUUUGGUUUGCCGAAAGCGUUGACGGCGAUAUGCAUGGACGGAGAAGAUCGAUGCAUAUUCGUAGGAAGUUGCGACGGGGAGAUUUACGAGAUGAACAUCAACGGAGCGCCAGUGGUGGAAAUGGGAGGGGGAAGAGGAAGAGGCGGAGGACAUUUACACGACGUCGAAAGCGACGAUUCAGACGACGACGACCGAGGAGGAGAAGAAGAAGCUAAAGAAGAAGAAGACGAUAAAGAAAAGGGCAACAACAAUAGAAAACGAAGGAGAAGGAAGAACAAAAACGAAUCGUUCACGACCUACCGCGGCCACGACCGCGCCAUCGUCUCUUUACACUGCACGUCGAACGGGCACCACUUGCUCUCCACCUCGGAAGACGGCACCUGCCGUCUGUGGGAUCGCGCGAGCGGCAAGUGCAUCAAGACGGUGAAACACCCUCGCGGCGGCGACGCGCCCAUCGCGAGCGCCUGCUUGGCGAUUCGGAGCCACGUGGAAAAAGUCAUCGUCAACGUCGGAGGAUCAUCAUCGAAUAACAAUAACGCUGAAGAAGCGACGAUAACAGCGGCAGCACGGUACCAAAAAUCCUCCUCCAACCGGCAACCACCAGAUGUACCCCUCGGCACGUUCGAACGCUACGGUACAAAAGGAGGAGGAGGAGGAGGAGGAGGAGGAGAAGGAGGAUCUAGCAAUCCCUGGGACGGGCCGUUGGUUUUGUUAUAA